UAACCAAGAGAAAAAAAUACAACUAGUUAAAUGACGCGGAGAAAAAGAUAAUCAGACGCUCAGUACUGGGCGGUACACGGUCCCUCCCCCACAUGACUGCGGCAGGACACGGAAACUGCGAGCUUUUGGCUUGGACCGCACGGUGAAGACUGAGGGGCUCUUAUUAACGGAAAGUCAUGUCUGGUGAUGGACUUCAUCAGACCAUACUGGAUCCGAUCAUCCCAUAUGUUGGCACAAUCUUUGAACGUUUGGAACCAGGAGCCAUGGUAGUGAUCCAUGGUUCUGUAGCUCAUGAUGCAGACAGGUUCCAGAUAGACUUCCAGUGUGGCAGCAGUCAGAAUCCCCGCUCUGAUGUGGCCUUCCAUUUCAACCCUCGAUUAAAAGGUUCAGGGGUCAUAAUCUGCAACACGUUACAAAAUGAAAUAUGGGGUUGGGAAGAAAAAACCUACCAGAUGCCUUUCAGAAAGGGCACGCCGUUCGAAGUAAUAUUUCUGGUUCUGCAUAAUAAAUUCCAGGUGUCUUCAAAUGGGAAGCACUUGUUGACUUACAAGCAUAGGAUCAAUCUGGAAAAAGUUGACACUCUCGGUAUAUAUGGGAUGGUGACAAUUAACCAAAUUGGAUUUGCCUAUCAAGCAAUACAGCAGGGCUCACAACCAACAUCUCUUGCACUUACUUCGAUGAAUUCCAUGCAGGCAUCACAGAACAGCCUGAAUUUUGAAAUUCCUUACACUGGAAACCUUCCUAAUGCCCUGAGCCCAGGAAGAACAGUGGUUGUGAAGGGUGAAAUAAGCAAAAACGGCAAAAGCUUCGCCAUUAAUCUUAAGCCCAGUGGCUCCACGGACAUCGCUUUGCACUUGAAUCCACGAAUGACGAAGAAGGUGUUUGUGAGGAACACAUACUUGUGCGAUAGUUGGGGAGAAGAAGAGCGGCAACUACGUGAAUUCCCCUUUUUUCCAGAUAUGUAUUUUGAGCUCCUCAUCUACUGUGAAGCUCACCAGUAUAGGGUUGCUGUUAAUGGACAUCAUCUUCUGGAGUAUAAGCACCGAUUUAAAGACUUGGCCAAGAUCAACGAGAUUACCGUUCAUGGAGACAUUCAGCUGUAUGAUGUCAGAGCCUGGUAGAAAAGAAGUAUGAGAUCUGGCAACCAAUCAUAUUGUCCCAGAUUGGUGGUAUUCCUCUCACCCCAUGAUGCACUGUACAACCAAAUAGUCUUUAUAUUGAUUAAAAUGGCUACCUUUUAUUAAUGAACAUAUCCUAGCCCUAAAAUAACUGUACUAGCUGAAAUACCUUCUAUCGCAAUAAAGACUCAUGCACACGUCUGUAUUUUGCUUCAGUAUGCUAUCCGUUUUUAUUUUUUAAUGGAUAGCACAUUGACCCAUACAAUUUAGUGCGGCCACACAUCUGUUUAUUUUCACUGAUCUGUGUGCCCAACCUAUAAAACUUACCGCAGGUAUUUUUCAUGUCUGUUUUUGCUGAUGAGAAUAGCACUUUCUAUUGGUAGGAGGGAGAAUAAAAUGGAACGCACAUGGAAGGAUCCGUUUUAUUUAUUUUUUUUUGUUUCUUUGCAGACUGAAAAUCAUAUACAGCUGUGUGCAUGAGGCCUAAUAAUUAGAAAUGGCAACUAAGACUGUUGGAUACAAAGCUGAGUAUUAACAGACAAGUCUGUCACCCCCUGACCUAAAGGGCAGACUGUAUUCUUGGGCCUCAUUUAGACAGGCCUAAGGCUUAACGUAUUCUGGAUGUAGCACACAGACCCCUGGCGCCUCUUUUGAAUUGGAUUGGCGGCACCUUAGUGAUUUACAUCUGAAAGGCAUACCGUUAAUGGUGGGUACAGGGCGGCCGAUUAAAUGAGGCCUUACUCUGUAUUAUUUGCUACAGAAAUGGAAUUAUUUUAAUGAAGGGACUCUGUCAAAAUUAUGUUUUUAAGUCUUCUUGAUUUUUAAUAUAUGUUGUUGCUAUCUAUGUGCAAAUGAACAGAUAACUGUUUAAAGAUUGCAUUAAAGGGAAUCUGUCACCAGCAACCUCCCUAAGUGUUUGCAUAGACACAUAGCUGUAGUUCACCUCAUUAAAAUGCUGUUUUCAUUUGGUGAUCUGAGGCUCCAUUUUUGAGUUAUGAUACUUCUUUCUUUCUUUGGUGCAAUGAGGGUGUCACCAUUGCUCUUGUUGCACACAAGCUCUGCUCCUUCACUGUUUUGCAACUUCAAGGUAUAUAUAUGCAGAAUGUGAUUCAUUUUCAAGCAGCUGUACAUCUGAUAUUUCGGUCCUUUUUUCAAACUAAUGCCGAUAUGAGAAGAAGAGAGAAAGUGGAUGUUAGCGCUACGGAAGAUGUGUGGUCACACAGUAGAAUAUGCGCAUAUUCUGUAGCGCUGACACUUUCUUCUUCUCAUAGCAGGACAGGUCAUCAGUAUCAGAUCUGCGGUGGUCCGGCGCCCAGGAACCCCGCCGAUCAGCUGUUAGAAGAGUCCGGAGCACCGCACCCUUUUCCUAGGCCAUGUGACGUGGCCAUACAACGGUCACACUGCCUAUCGCAGCUCAGCCCCAUUCACUUCAAUAGGGCUGAGCUGCAACUAAACAGUACAGCCGUUGUACAAUGUAUGGUGCUGUGCUUGGAAAGCUGCCGGGUGCCGGUUGUGCUCACCAGAGUUUCAGUGAGAGUGGCGGCUCCCUAAAACAGCUGAUCAGCGAAGGUGCCGGGACUCAGACCCCCGGUGAUGUGGUAAUGACCUAUCCUGAGGAUACGUCAGCAUUAUCUUUUUUAAGAUAAACCUUUUAACCAUGUUAAAAGGGUGGGAACCCUGCUCAAAGCACCCCAACAUAUCUAUUAUACUGCUUUGUACUGCCUAGACCUGUCAAUUAAAGCAGUGAGGGAGGGGCUGGCCACAGAAACCAGUAAAGCUUGGGUGCAACAAGAGCAACGAUGACACCCUCAUUGCACCAAAGGCCUAAUCUGCCUAGUAAGAAAAAGUAUCCUAACUCUGGAAGGAGUCUCAGAUCAACAAAAGAAAGUGAACCCCAGCUAUGUGUAUAUGCAAACAGAUUCCCUUUAAGGGGAUGUCUUCUGUAAACUAACCCUUGUUAUAAUAUGCUCCAUUAGGGCAUUUUGUUGUCAUACAGGAUGAUGCUGCUCUUGGCCAUAGGGAAGAAUGGAUGCCAGCUCAUUUCAGCUAGCUCCCUGUCAUGCUAUGUUUUCUCUGCACUGGAUAGAAAAAUAUGUAAAAAAUAUGAAAAUUGAUUUAAAAAAAAUUAGAUUUUUAUCACUGCUGUCUUUCUAAGCUUGUAGUAUUAUAUGUAAAAGUUGUGUAUAGCGCCCAGUAAUAACACAUACGGUACAUUACUGGCUACACAUUCUGUCAUAUUUGCAGUUGUAUAUUGAAAUUGUCAUUCCCCUGAUCAUUAUUAACAUUAAGACUAGGGUCGCACGGCGACUUGUAGUCACGCCCAUACAUCGUAUCCUACGUUGGUCAAGGCGGUCACAUUGUGAUUCACAAGGUAGUGCAACCACAACACUACGGUCAACAAAAAUCCAAAACCCAUUGGAUUUCGGUGUCGCCACAUUCACUAGGAGCGUUUGGCAGAACGGUAUUUGCAUACCCAAUGCCGCGCCACCAUAAGUCUCCAUGUAGCCCUAGUCUAAAGGUUCAGUCUGAAGGUGGCAACAGAUACCUUCAACGCUUGUUCCAUCCGAGCUGUCAGUAUUCCAUGUCCCAGUGUGAACUGGAAAGCUAGUGUAGUACCGUCAGGUAAGCUGGAAUCUGUACAGUCACUAAAUUGUUUACAGGCGGCAAGGGUCUUGAUUAUAGACAGAUUAUGUGCCAGUCAAGAUUAAGAACGUCAUAGAACUGGUUUCACCCUCUUCUCUUUUAUUGUACAUAUUUGUUCUAAUGUUUCUUCAAUGAUUUACACUGAAUAUCAUUGUCUUUUUUAUGUAUUGCUGUGUUUAUUCCAUGAAACUUUUCUAAUUUUGUAGGCGCCUUUUUUUGUUAAGCUUUUAUGUUGUACUAUGCUGGAAUAAUUCUGAUUACAUAGAAAUCUGAGCAAA